CGGAAAAUCAAAGCAGCAGCUGGGUGCACGAACGCCGAGGCUCGCGUGUUUAUGUUUGUUCAGAAGUGCCACAUCUUUUCGUUCACGCGUAAUAUAGCGUUUUAUUUUCUUCACAUCUCGGACAUCUUUCCAACACAAAUGUAGGGUAGAGAAUUGAAUGGAGCACCAGAACGCAGCCUGUUGAUGCUUUUUCGUCUCUGAAUAUCUGAUGAGACCAUAGUAAAGAGGCUCACAGACUAGAGCGGUCAGUCAGGAUGUCAAUCACAAACACACCAACCAGUAACGAUGCCUGCCUGAGCAUCGUGCACAGCUUGAUGUGCCACAGGCAGGGCGGUGAGAGUGAGACUUUUGCCAAACGAGCCAUUGAGAGCCUGGUGAAAAAGCUGAAAGAGAAGAAGGAUGAACUUGACUCACUUAUCACAGCCAUCACCACCAACGGGGCUCAUCCCAGCAAGUGUGUGACCAUCCAACGCACUCUGGAUGGCCGGCUUCAGGUGGCUGGACGUAAAGGUUUCCCUCACGUGAUCUACGCCCGCCUAUGGCGGUGGCCCGACCUCCACAAGAAUGAGUUGAAGCACGUCAAAUACUGCCAGUUUGCCUUUGACCUGAAGUGUGACAGCGUCUGCGUGAACCCUUACCACUACGAGCGGGUGGUUUCACCAGGUAUAGACCUGUCUGGACUUACACUGGGUCCUAGUUCCUCUGUCCUCAUGGUCAAAGACGAGUAUGACUAUGAUUGCCCAUCAUCUUUAACCAGUUCUGAUGGACACAUCCAGACCAUCCAGCACCCUCCUUCGAGAAACAUGCCUGAGCCGGCCUUCAGCAGUCCUGCCCUACUUCCUCCUGCUGAAGGCAGCAGCUCGGCCUCCACCUCUGCCUUCUCCAGUAUCCCAGUGGGAUCCUCAACUCAGCCCAGUAUUCUCUCAGGGAGCCGUAGCAGCGAGGGGCUGCUAAAGAUUGCAUCAGGGACAGGGCAGGGGACACAACAGAACGGCUUCCCACCAGGAAACUCCUCCACUUAUCAUCACAACGCAACCUCCACUUGGGCAAGAAGCAGCAGUUUCACCCCAAGCGUGCCUCCACAACAAAAUGGCCAUAUACAACAUCAUCCACCCAUGCACCAUCCAGGACACUACUGGCCUGUACACAAUGAAAUAGGAUUUCAGCCACCUAUAUCAAACCACCCAGCUCCUGACUACUGGUGCUCCAUUGCCUAUUUUGAGAUGGACGUGCAGGUCGGUGAGACUUUUAAAGUUCCCUCAAACUGCCCUGUUGUGACCGUGGAUGGCUAUGUGGACCCAUCAGGAGGAGAUCGCUUUUGUCUGGGCCAGCUUAGCAACGUGCACAGGACUGAGGCCAUUGAAAGAGCGAGGCUGCACAUUGGUAAGGGUGUUCAGCUGGAGUGUAAAGGUGAGGGUGAUGUGUGGGUGCGCUGCCUCAGUGACCAUGCCGUCUUCGUGCAGAGCUACUACUUAGAUCGGGAGGCCGGCCGUGCCCCUGGAGAUGCUGUGCAUAAGAUCUACCCAAGUGCAUACAUCAAGGUGUUUGACCUACGUCAGUGCCACCGGCAGAUGCAGCAGCAGGCGGCUACGGCUCAGGCAGCAGCUGCGGCGCAGGCAGCAGCGGUGGCUGGAAACAUCCCUGGGCCCGGAUCUGUGGGUGGUAUCGCUCCGGCAAUCAGUCUGUCUGCUGCCGCCGGCAUCGGUGUGGAUGAUCUGCGGCGGCUGUGCAUCCUGCGCAUGAGCUUCGUGAAAGGCUGGGGUCCUGAUUACCCAAGGCAGAGCAUUAAGGAGACACCAUGCUGGAUCGAGAUUCACCUGCACCGAGCCUUGCAGCUGCUGGACGAGGUGCUGCACACAAUGCCCAUAGCCGACCCACAGCCGCUGGACUGAGCACAGCAUUGUCUCCCUGUUAGAGCCAGGCACUGAAUUGAGAGGUUUUGUUUUUCAACAAUCAGGUAACUAAUGCCGCUGAACUGUGCGACAGCGUGGAUGAGUUCAAAGCUGAUCCUCAACCUCUUGUUAAACAAAAGGCGAGAUCAAGGAUGUUGGCACAACACAAAUUUUGACUUUUUUUCUGUAAGUAAUAAUAGUUAAAAGAUGCUCCAUGAUUUCAUCCAAACACCUUAUUGUAGCUGUUCUCAAGGCCCUAACAAUGGUGCAGAAGUUGUAUUAACAAAGGAGGAAUUGAGUUUUGUGUAUUAUGUGAGGUAAUGCUUUACGUAGUUCACAUGCAGGUAUUGUAAAAUCUGGAAGUGCAUAACGGACAUCAUUUCUUUAUACAGACUAAAGGUGUUUUUCCAGAAUUCAUGGAUGUAGUUUCCACAGCGUGCAACACAAAGACGUUCAGGGACAGUUUUGCAUGUCUGUGCUACCAAUAACUAAUCACUGCUUUACAGGGGAAUGUUUAAUGAAUUACAUUUAUGCCAUAUUGGGCCAUGACGUUACUGACCUGUGUAUUAAUAGUGCAGGAACUAGGCCCUUCUCAUUAACUAUACAACUCUUUAGUUUUUUUUUGUCUGUAAAUUUGAGCUUUCUGCUUCUUUCACCCAGACCAAACCCACAUCCUCUUUCGAGAUCAAGUUUGCUUUCAGAGUAACAUUUUAGGAAGGGCUGAAAACUUAGUACCCUAUAUAAGCAGAUGCCUAAAACAAACAAACUAGCCCCGAUGACAACAUUGCAGAUUUUUUAAAAAUAUCCUUAGAAAUAAAAAUACGGCAUUGUCACACUUUGAGAUGAUCGACUGUACCAUUAACUGCUGUUUCAUAAAUCGAGCCACCCUUAGCUUAUUAAACCAUGUAGCAUUGUUUUGACCCUGAUAUAACACAGUGUACUACAGGUAAGACAUAGGAAGAUUUGAGGGGAAGCAACGAUUGUGCUGAUUGCAGUAUAUAAAACUUUAACUUUGUUUGUUUGGGCACAAUGUGUUUUUUUUUUUUCUCCCCCUUCCCUACCUUCACUAGGGUUCAUUCACAGCUUCAUUAUUCAACAUUACCAGAUUUCUUUUUUGAGAGUAAUACCCAUACAUGUGCGCUUUGUAUGUCUAAAUGCUUGUUGAAAGGGCUUGCAGUGAUUUCCACUUCAUUCUUGGCCUUGAAGCAAGCCUCAUAAAGGAUACCUCUUUCUCUCGCUGGAGUACCAAACUCAAGUUCAUAUCUUUUUAAAAUUCCCAUUGUUCUGUGAUUAAAUCUCAUCCAUAUGUUAAUAAGAAUGAAACUAGAAAACAAACAUGUUUUCUAUGCAACCAGGAAGCCAUAUGAGAGAGAGAACCGAGAUUAAGGUCAGUAUUACUUAAAGCCUGCGUAUGUACGCCCCGGCUCUUUUGCUUUAAGUACACACUGACAGUUUAGACAAUCCCGUUGGCAUGGCCUGUUUUAGUGCUCUUACCUUUUGCUACUUUUAUGAUAUGCAGCCUGAUAUGUCCUAUAGCAAUUUGUAUUAAAAUGUGGAUUGCAGUUUCCAUUGGAACGUUUGUUCUUUCAGGUAGAUAAUUGAUUUUAUCAGUUAACUGAAAUAUAUAUUUCAAAAUAGGAUGAACAA